AUGGGUAACGAACAAAGUUUAGAAGUCUCUUCAAAAGAGUAUCAAGCCCUUGUUGAACAAACACAUUUUAACAAGGAAGAAGUUGCUAAGCUUUAUUCUACAUUUAAAGAUAUCUCUGCCACUCAUAUCGAUGAUGGCAAGAUUGAUUUCGAGGAAUUUUUCAAAAUGCUAGGUUUCACCAACAGAGGUUUUGCACAAAAGGUCUUUGAUGCAUUUGAUACAUCCCCAGAUAAAGUUAUCGAUUUCCAAGAAUUUGUCACAGGCCUUUCUCAUGUUUGCAACCGCGCUACCCUUGAGGAAAAGGCUAAAUUUGUAUUUAAUGUUUACGAUGCCGAUAAAAGUGGUCAGAUUUCAAAGGAUGAAUUAAAAGAUGUCAUGUUACAGUCAUUAGGUGAAAACUCUUCUAUCAAACUUCCACCACAAGUUCUUGACAAGAUUAUUAACGAUACAUUCAAGAAGAUGGAUCUCGAUGGAAACGGAGAAAUUUCUUUGGAUGAAUUUAUUGCAUCUGCCAAGCAAAACCCAUCUAUCCUUAAUUGCGUCUCUGUUGAUGUUAACAAAAUAUUCCAAUAA